UAGGAUAGCGAGAGGAUCGCAGCCUUCGAUGCACAAUGGCGUCCUUCGAUGUUUACGAUAGGACGAGCUGGUACUUUGGUCCAAUGUCCCGCCAGGAGGCGACGGAUCUGCUGAUGAAUGAGCGCGAAAGUGGAGUGUUUCUGGUGCGCGACAGUACCACCAUCGUCGGCGAUUUCGUGCUGUGCGUGCGGGAAGAUUCUAAAGUUAGCCACUACAUAAUCAAUAAAUUACCAUCCGGCGAGGAGUGCUUCGUGUACCGGAUCGGCGACCAAACGUUCGGCGAUCUGCCCAAUCUGCUGUCGUUCUACAAACUGCACUAUCUCGACACGACGCCGCUCCGGCGACCGAUGAUUCGCCGGCAGGAGAAGGUAAUAGGCAAGUUCGACUUCGACGGUAGCGAUCCGGAUGACUUGCCGUUCAAAAAGGGCGAAAUCCUGCACAUCAUCAGCAAGGACGAAGAGCAGUGGUGGACCGCCCGCAACGGGACGGGGCAAACGGGCCAAAUUCCGGUGCCGUACGUGACGCGCUAUGAGGAAAACAUUAUCGAAAGGCCCGGCUCCGGGGGUGGCGGUGGCGGCGGUGGACCACCCGGACAUCACCAUCCGGUCGGCGGUAUGCAUCACUCGGAGAACUCGAAUAUUUUCAAAUCCAACCUUAACCGACAGUUGCCGGCGUUGGCUCGCGUCAAGCAGGAGCGCGUACCGAACGCAUACGACGAAACGGCGCUGAAGCUGAGCGUCGGGGACGUUAUCAAGGUGCUAAAGACGAACAUCAAUGGCCAGUGGGAGGGUGAGUUGAAGGGAAAGAUUGGCCACUUCCCGUUCACUCACGUCGAGUUUAUCGACGAGUGAAGCGGCACGGCACGUACCGGCGACGGGGCAGGUUACGCUUUUACCUCCUAAGUUGUAGAGUUGUCGCACAAUUUGCACUGUAACGCGUGUGGGAACACAGUCCCGCGGCCUCCUCGCGUCCCGGGGGCCAGUGCGCUUUUCCUCUGCUCCAUUCAUACGCCGCUGCAUUCGAUUAUUUAAUUGUACAGGCUCUAUUUUUAGAACAAAAAAGUGUAAACAUCUUCCGUGUUUAUCGAUUGUACGUGUACGUUCCGAGUCAUUUACCCUAAGUGAUUUUAAAUACGUUAUGUUAUAAGUCGUUUACUUUGUCUAGUGCACGGGUCGGACGCGGACUAACUAGAAUGGCUCUAAGAGGGAAAGGGAUGGGAUGGUGGAUCCCGUGGCACCAUUUGAAGCGUAUGAUUAGUUAGUAGGUAUUUUAUAUAGCGGAGAUGUUUGUUCAUCACCCAAAAACGAGGACACGUCACCUAGAACCGAAAGGAGAGUACAGUACAGUAUAUCUAGUUGGGCUGAUGAAGACUAAGAAAGUUAAACAAAGGAAAACAUCCUUGAGUAAGGACGACAGGGGGGUGGUGUACAGGAGGCGAGGAGGGGUGCCAAAAAGUGCCGCACAUGACGCUCUCAGGCUCACGACACACACACUCACGAUCAUGACAGGAACAGGAGAGACGACCAUAGUUUAGGUGUAGUGUUAUGUUGCAACCCGGUGUGUCCAACCAUUAUGGACCUCCACGUUUGACUCAGCGCGCCCGGGGCUCAGGUAGGAGCGAAAGGGAGCGAGUCCAUCGAACUAAGAAACCAUCCGUUAGAGCGACGAUAUUCGAGCAGAAAGGAUUAGUUUCGUUUAUAGCUUUUUUAUACCGACCAAGCGCAGAGAGAAGAAACGAAAGGAUAAUAAUAAGUAUAGUAGUGUGUGACAGAAGUAGCGACGACAGAACGUCCAUCCUUUCGUUUGGCAACAGUUCCCACCAGCACCACACCAUUUAACUCUCACGACGUAACGGCAAACACAAUCAUCUUCGCAGGGCAGUAGUGAUCGGUUUCUGUUGUUUUCCGAUAUAUUUCCAAAGACAAACAAGCGCGUGAGGAGCAUCGCAGUAGGCUUUGACUCGAUUACCUUCGGAUGACCGCGACCGCGUUAGCUCCUUGUCGGCGUGUGAAUUUCGGUUUUCCACCGUUCUCUGCCCCGAAAAUAGUCAACGAAAGUUUCCGGUAGUCUAGAAACGAAAGAAACGGAAUGAUACAAAAUUUACAUGUGGAAACCACAACCGAGUGCGGCGAGAGUGAGAAAACCUAUAGACUAUAAAACCGAUCGUAGAUGGCUGGUGACAAACGUAAUUCUAACGGCGGAAAAAGAAAUCGAAGCAAUUUAUUUUUAUAUGUUAGAGACGACGAGACGUGGCAAUGAAGGGUGGUACGAUCACGGAAGAACACGAACGCGCGAACUAGGCGCGAUAAUAACGAUUAAAGAUUUCUACCGAGAGUAUGGCACUGAAUCCGGACGCACGAGACUACUCGGUCCUCGUUAGUUAAACGGAAACGACGUUCGAAAAAAAACGUAAAACCAUAAGUACGGCAAACCCUGCGGAAGCGUACCAUAAGAUCGCACAUCUCCAGCAAGCCAAAUACGCCAGAGCAAGAAAACAGAAUGCGUGUCAAUAUGUGCAAUAAGAAGCGGUUUUUGCGAAGAGGUCGGCUUUUUUCGUUGAACUAGUGGCAUAUUACUGGAAACGGAGGAGGCGGCGCAAGUCGGCGCCCGUAGUACCGCGUGGAAAUAGAUAGAGUAUACACCAAACCAAUGUAGCAGCAGAGUUGUACCCUAUAGAUAAGCGAAAAGUGAACCAGGCUAUUAUUAAUAGAGUUGCAAACACAAGUCACAGCAGCAGGUGGGUCGAAGGGCCGCAGCCCCAUGCGGCCCCAUUGUGUGACCCAAGAUGGACCCAACGCGCAGCGCGCUUCCCACUCACGCCCGAAGGAAGUGGCCGUUUGGGGCCUCGAACCUUGCAACGACGUGUGUUAUGUUAAUGGUAUUUAUAAUCCAACCAACCGCAACUAUAGCUUCGAAGCAAGGACCCGAUAUCCGUAGUAUCCCACUGAGACGUUGGCGCGGUGGGCGCUUACCAGUUGGAAUAUCUCAGCGCACCGCUUGGGCGGGCUCGAUAAAAGC